AAUAAGUUUGUUUAGAGAGAGAGAAAAGAGAGGGGAAGGAAAGUUGAGAGAUUUGGUGUUUGGAACCCUAGAUUUCUCUCAAGUUUCGGGCUUUUGGAAUUUCCUACAUCAAUGGAGCCUGGGUCGGAGGGAGAGAAUGAUCAGACCAAGAGUAAUACUAAUCACAAUACCGCCGGCAAAGGUGUGAACAAUUCCGGCGAAGGAAGUGCCAAGCCUAAACGCCAGAUGAAGACUCCAUUUCAAUUGGAAGCACUCGAGAAAGCCUAUGCCGUGGAGACGUAUCCGUCGGAGGCGACGAGGGCUGAGCUGUCGGAGAGAUUAGGGUUAUCGGAUCGGCAAUUGCAGAUGUGGUUUUGCCACAGGAGACUAAAAGACAAGAAGGAGACUUCAGCAAAAAGACCGCGAAAAGGUGCGGUCUUGCCACCAGAGUCGCCGGAGGAUGACUUGCGGGGUGGCCCGGAUCCAGAUUAUGGGUCCGGGUCGGGUUCCGGGUCAAGUCCGUAUAUGGAGUCAAGGAAGUUCGUCGGAUCUUCUCGGGCCAUGAUUGAUGAUGCUCGGACGGUCAGGAGGUACUAUGAGUCCCAGCAGAUAAUGGAGCUGAGAGCAAUUACUUGUGUGGAGGCUCAGUUGGGGGAGCCGUUGAGGGAGGAUGGUCCCAUUCUUGGCAUGGAGUUUGAUCCACUGCCCCCUGACGCUUUUGGGGCACCUAUAGCUGUGCCAGAACCACAGAAGAGAGCUGGAUAUCCUUUUGAGAGCAAAAUAUAUGAGCGACCCAAUGCCAGACCAAGCAAAUCUCAGGCACCACGGGCCUUCCACGAUUAUCAGUUCUUUGAAGAUCAACCCGUUCUUAGAUCUGAUACACAUGGACAAGGUGCCCAAUCUCAUUUCCACGAUAUGCCAGUUGAUGCUCCAAGGGUUAGAGCCACAUCAUCUGUACAUGGAGAUGAAAAACUGUCCAAGGGUCGUGGUAGCCAAGGUCAUGGAUCACGAGGGCAUAGCUUAUCUCAACAAGACAAGGCAGGGCUUUAUUCUUCAUCUUCUCAAGUGGUGGAUGACUUUCCAGAAAGGGAGUCUUUUACAAACAAUGGUCAGGCAAUUGGCCACCCAGUUUUGGGAUCUGAAGAUUCAUAUAUAGUUUCCAAUGGAAAUGGACAUGGACAUCCUUUGGGUACUGAUGCUGAUCUAAGAAUGGAGAAGAAACACAAGAGUGAUGAAGGUCGAAUUGCAAGGGAAGUCGAAGCUCAGGGGAACCGUGCCCGUAAAGAGCUUGAGAAACUCAAUAACCAGAGGCGAAAGAGUGAAGAACGAAUUCGGAAAGAAAUGGAAAGACUUGAGCGUGAGCGACGGAAGGAAGAAGAGAGGUUGAUGCGUGAAAAACAAAGAGAAGAAGAGAGAUCUCAAAGAGAGCAAAGACGUGAAAUUGAAAGAAGGGAAAAGUUUUUGCAGAAAGAAUAUUUAAAAGCUGAGAAAAUGAGACAAAAAGAGGAGCUUCGUAGAGAGAAAGAAGCAGAGAAACAAAGAAUUGCAAUGGAGAAGGCAACUGCACGUAAAAUUGCUAAAGAAUCAUUGGAUCUUAUUGAAGAUGAGCAGCUGGAACUCAUGGAAUUGGCUGCUGCAAGCAAGGGAUUGUCUUCAAUAAUAAAUCUUGACCACAAUACUGUGCAAAAUCUUGAUUCAUUCAGAGAUUCUUUGAGCUCAUUUCCCCCCAAGUCUGUGCAAUUGAAAAAGCCAUUCUCCGUCCAACCAUGGAGUGAUUCAGAGGAGAAUAUUGGGAAUCUUCUCAUGGUCUGGAGAUUUUUGAUUACUUUUGCUGAUGUUCUUGGACUGUGGCCUUUUACACUUGAUGAAUUUGUCCAAGCAUUUCAUGAUUUUGAUUCAAGGUUGUUGGGUGAGAUACAUGUUGCUCUUUUGAAAUCAAUAAUAAAAGACAUUGAAAAUGUUGCAAGGACACCAUCAACUGUAUCAGGGAUAAGCCAAUACUGUGCUGGUAAUCCUGAAGGAGGACAUCCACAGAUUGUGGAAGGGGCUUAUGCCUGGGGCUUUGACAUACGCAAUUGGCAACAGCACUUGAAUCCACUAACAUGGCCUGAAAUAUUCCGGCAGUUAGCAAUAUCUGCAGGAUUUGGUCCAAAGUUGAGGAAAAGAAGUGGCAAAUUGACAUUCUUGGGUGAUAACAAUGAGGGUCAGGGUUGUGAAGAUGUAAUUUCUACUCUACGAAAUGGUUCAGCGGCUGAAAAUGCAUUUACAUUGAUGCGGGAAAAAGGUUUGUUAGUUCCAAGAAGAUCUAGGCACCGGUUGACUCCUGGAACUGUCAAAUUUGCAGCUUUCCAUGUCCUAUCACUUGAGGGAAGCAAAGGAUUAACAGUUUUAGAACUUGCUGAUAAGAUUCAGAAAUCUGGACUUCGGGACCUCACAACUAGCAAGACGCCAGAGGCUUCUAUUUCAGUUGCCUUGACAAGGGAUACUAAACUUUUUGAAAGAAUUGCUCCAUCGACAUAUUGUGUACGCCCUGCUUAUACAAAGGAUCCUGCUGAUGCUGAGGCCAUACUCGCUGAGGCAAGGAAAAAAAUUAGAAUCUUUGAAAAUGGGUUCUUGGGUGGGGAAGAUGCUGAUGAAGUUGAAAGAGAUGAGGACUCUGAAUGUGAUAUAGAUGAGGAUCCUGAAGUUGAUGAUAUGGCUACUCCUUCCAAUGCAAUCAAGAACGUUGGUUAUUAUAAGGAUAAAGUAAAUGCUUCCCCAGGAAGUGGAAGAGAUCACAUCUCAACUGGCAAUGCACCAAAUUUGCAAGAUGAGAUUGUCAAGGAUUUUUCGUCUUUUCCUUUAGACAGUGCCAAGGAUUCAAAUGGUUCAAGUUGCACUGGGCAAUAUGUUGCCAGUGAAGAUGCUGUUGCCAGAAGGCUUGAUCAACAGAAUGUUGAAAUCGAUGAAAGCAAGUCGGGCGAGUCAUGGAUUCAAGGUCUUUCAGAAGGCGAGUAUUCUCAUCUCAGUGUUGAGGAGCGUCUUAAUGCCAUUGUUGCUUUGAUUGGUAUUGCAAAUGAAGGGAACUCCAUACGUUCUGUGCUUGAGGAUCGUCUGGAAGCAGCGAAUGCUCUUAAAAAGCAAAUGUGGGCUGAGGCACAACUAGAUAAAGGUCGCCUGAAAGAAGAGAAUAAUACUAAACUGGAUUUUCCAUCUCUUUUGGGAAGCAAAGCUGAAGCACAACUUACAAACUGUACCGUUGAGGGUAACCAAAGCCUAUCACCUCUUGCUGAUUAUAAAAUUAACAAGGCAUCUCCUAGCAUUCCUGAAGAUCAAAAGCCAAUGGUUUGUUCACAGACUGUUCAUAAUGACCAGAACAAUUAUAAUUCUGAAAGGAUGCCAUUACUUCAAGAGCACUCAAAAAGGUCACGGUCACAAUGGAAAUCUUACAUUGCCCACAGAGCAGAAGAGAUGUAUGUAUAUAGGUCCUUACCGCUUGGCCAAGAUCGUAGACGUAACAGAUACUGGCAAUUUGUUGCAUCCCCUUCUAAAAAUGAUCCUUGUUCUGGCCGGAUAUUUGUUGAAUUACAAGCUGGCAAUUGGAGGUUGAUUGACACUGAAGAGGCCUUUGAUGCCCUUUUGACAUCACUGGAUGCACGUGGGAUCAGGGAAUCCCAUUUGUGUAUAAUGUUACAAAAGAUUGAGACUUCCUUCAAAGACAAUGUUCGAAGGAACAUGCAAUCGGUCAGCAUGGUGGAAAAAAGUAGAAUUGCCACUGAUAAUGAUUCUUCCGAACUGGAAAGUCCUGGCUGUGCUCCUAAUUUUGAUAGUCCUAGCAGUGCAGUUUAUGGUUUGAAUUCCAAUACAUCAGAUAUGUCACCGUCUUUCAGAAUUGAGCUUGGGAGGAAUGAAAUAGAGAGGAAAUCAGCCUUGACAAGGUAUCAAGAUUUUCAGAGGUGGAUGUGGAAAGAAUGCAAUAAGUCAUCAACAUUGUCUGCCAUGAAAAUUGGGAAGAGGAAUUGCAUGCAGCUGUUGGCUAAUUGUGAUGUGUGUCUUGACACCCAUCUCUGUGAAGAAAUGCACUGCCUUUAUUGCCACCGGACAUUUAGUACAGUUGAAAGAAAGUUUGAUUUUUUAGAACAUGAGAUUCAGUGCAAAGAGAGCAGGAAGUUAGACACCAAGGACUCACAAAAUUUUUAUUCUUCUCUUCCCCUGGGAAUCAGAUUGCUCAAAGCCUUGUGUGCUCUAACUGAGGCAUGUGUUCCAUCAGAAGCCCUUGAAUCAUUUUGGACUGAAGACCAUCGAAAGACUUGGGCAAUGAGGCUGAAUCUGUCUUCAUCUGCUGAUGAACUCUUGCAGAUAUUGACUCAUUUUGAGAGUGCCGUUAAGCCAGACUAUUUAUCAUCAAACUUUGAGACGACCAAAGAAUUGUUGGGUCUGAAAACUCUUACAGGUAGUGGUUAUGCUGAUCCUCAAUCAGUUCCUGUACUUCCUUGGAUACCUCAAACCACUGCAGCUGUAGCUUUGAGGCUUUUGGAUCUUGAUGCAUCCAUCACAUCUGUAAAGCAGGAGAAAGCUGAACCUAUUCAAAGCAAGGAUUCUAGGAGUAGGACAUAUAUAAAGCUUCCUUCAAGAUCCUCUCUUGCUGUCAAGAGUAAAGAGCUUGAACUAAAGGAACUGGACCCAGAUGUGCCCAUGAAAGAAGAAAACUUCACUACCCUGAGUAGCAAACGGAACAGCCAUAAGCGAGGAAGAGGGGGUCGUGAACAAGGAUCUGGUAGAAAGUUGCAGAGAAGAGUUCCUGCUCGUAAAAAUGAUAGUCUGAGGCAAAGUGCUAAGAGGAGCAAUAAUUUAAGUCUCAGACUGAGACAGCAGGGACCUAGAACAAAUGGACAGGGUUCUGGACGAGGACGCCGGACAGUUAGAAAGAGAGCAGAAAGGAGAGGCGUUGACAAUACACUGUUGAGCCGAAUGGUUGACGUAGUUGAACCUAGUACCCAUCCAGAGUCUCCAAGAAACUUGAAUGAAGAAUGGGGUGGUGAAAAUAUCGGGAUGAUGCAUGUGGCUGGUGCUGAUGAUAGUAGCAGUGCAGAAGUGGAAUCCGAUGACAAUGUUCAAGAUGGAGGAGGUUACGAGCAAGGAAAUUGGGAGGAGGUAGGUUUUGGUGGUGGCUCUACCGAGUGGAAUGGGGAUCCUAUGGAAGUCAGUGAUGAAGAAGAUGAUGCUUCUGGAGAUAAUGGCAUUGAACAAAUGGGAGAUGAAAAUUCAGAGGCAGAUCUUGAUGUGAGUGAAGGAUCUGAUGGACUAGCCAAUAAAAUUGAAGAUGAUGAAAGCUCUGAAUCUUCGGACGAUUAUAGUGACUGAUAGGCAUGUUCAAGAAAUUUCCUUCGCACGAGCUGCAUUGUAUUUUUAAAGUUGCAGCUUUACAAGUGAUUAAUUGUUUACAGGGAAAUAGAGAUGCAAUUUCCCCUGUUGUUACCUAGUCUGGGGAAGGGAGGGAGGGAGGUAUUCAAUGUAACAUUAGAGAUUUUCAUCUAUCCGAGCCAAGUGAAAUUACAUAGUAAAUUAGUAAAUUCAAACGUUUAAUGUAACAAAUCAUUUUUUCUCAUCGUAAGCUGGCCAACAAUGAGGGGCGUUCUCAAUUUGUAUGUGUUUUCUUGAGUUUCUAGAAUCAAGGGUAAUAUUUCUU